UCCCGCAGAUCAGAUCCUCCCUCCUCCUCCGCCCCUCCUGCCUCGUGACGUCCGCCCCACCAAGGCACAGGAUGGAAUACUUGGAACGGACAAAUAUCGAGUGGGACUCGCGGACAAAGAAGAUGAAGAUUCUACCGCGACCUCUCUUCCCCUUUCUUCUCGGCAAGACCCAUCAGGAAGGCAACUUGACCGCAUUGCUCCGUACCUACACCGUCCGUCCGGUGCAAGACCCAGUGUGCGCAAGGAUGGGAGCGUGGGCUGCUUCUGCCCCGCGGGCACGGUUAAAAGGAUAUCCGGACGCGGAAGCCUGAUGGAUGGUGAUGAAUAAUGGACGAGCAGAGACAGGAGAGAGGGAGAGAGAGAGAGAGAAAGAGGGGCGAAGAGGAUCCGCUCGUGGGAAGGAGUUCUUCUGGAUCUCAUGCAGCUGGCAGGAGGAAGCACGCAUCGCAGACUGACGUGAAGUUCCCAGUUCCCUCCCAGCUCCCAGCUCCCAGCUCCCAUGAAGUCGAGAUAACAUUUCAGCUAAGGCACGCCGACGCCCUGGGUCGGUGCUUCGCCCAAGACUACUCCUACUCCGACCUGGCAAGAUGCUGCCGUCGGGUCAACCGUCGACGGUGCCGACUACUCUCUCCCGCCGCGCCGGUCAGUGGAAGAGCGCCGUCGUGGGAAAAGCCGGGCUGGCCGUUGUCCCUACACAAGUCUACACCUCUUCCACUUAGGCUGGGCCGACCCCGCGGAGAUCGAAGCGCUGGCGGCCGCUGCUCAUUCGCUGGACGACCGAUCUGCCUCUCUUCUGGCCCGCCGCCGCCUCUCAAGCCGCACGACUUUGACGACUCACUUUUGCGGACGCGCGCAGCGGGGGGCCCUGGGCUGGCAGGGGGCAAGUUAGCUGGUCAGAUGACCGGGCCAUGCAAGGCUGCGAGCAGGAUAGAGAGACAUUCAUUACCUUACGGUACGGAGGUACAUGUACAUGUACAUGUACAUGCAAUGCAGUCGCAGACAGAGUGCUUACGCAGUACAUAUACGGGCGGUCUGCGAGGUACGGUUGGAGUCUGGAGUCGAGCCCAAGUCUCAAACCAUGGCGGCCCUCGAGAAUCUGGAAAUCUGGAUCCGCCUUAGGGCGAUCGGUGUCGUGUCUCGUCUUGCUGGAGUUGGACCAGCCCAGCUGAACCUCUCUUCUCGAAGUGGCCCAUUCUCACGAUCCAGAUCCACGGCUGCAAAGCUCAACACAAACUACUCAACCCCAAAACAAAAGAAUCUCCGAUCAGUAAACACCCCGUACUGAAAA